AUGAGUUCGGUAGAAGUGGUGACUGAGUUGCCGCGGUUAGCUGUGGGUGUAUACUUGAAGGACCAGACGGAGAAUCUGUUGGCUGAAGACGGAUGUGUAACCGUGUAUGAAGGUGAACAGGUGCAGUUGGUGAUAGAGUUGGCAAACCGUGAGUCAAGGUUAGAUGUGGAAUGCUUGAAAUUCAUAAUCGCCGAAGAGGCACAGGCCGACGCCGAACGAAUGGCGUUGCGAUCCAAAUGGACUGGCUGUUUCAGCAGCGAGUUCGAACGCUCUACAUUGCUCUGGUCCGAUGGGGUUACGCUGCUUGCUAACGAUGACGACGACACAGACCUCGAACUCCCGGGCAUAAAAGUCGGCGAAAGAGCCUCCUUCGUACUCACUCUCCCCGGCAGCAAACUUAUAUCCAAUCUCGGCAUCCACCUAACAUAUACUGCCAAAGGACAUAGCCAUUGGCGCUAUGAAUCUUUAUUAUUACGUUUUGAAUGUCAUCGAUCUCUAUAUGUUUCGUUACAUCCAUUUUGUUACGACGUGUCUGAAUUUUGCGAGAAGUUACUAGUAUAUUUAGAAGUGGAGCAUUUGCGUCCUCAGGACUCAUUUGUAUUUGAGAUUGUUAAGGCAAAGGGAACUGGAUCUUCGACGACGAUUGUUAGGAGUCCAUUGGGUAACAGUCCAUUGGGUAACAGUCCAUUGGGUAACAGUCCAUUGGGUAACAGUCCAUUGGGUAACAGUCCGUUGGGUAACAGUCCAUUGGGUGAGAGAGGGGAUGUAGUUGUGCGUUAUGAGAUACCAACGGAGGGUCAAUUAACAAAGGUGCCAUUAUGUGUACCACGAUCAUGGAUAAAUAGUCGUGACCCUAUUCAAAGUUUAUGGCAGCGUAUCAUCAAGACCUAUCGAUUCCAAUGGACAUGUGGUUCAAAGAAAGGUACUGCCAUCGUAACACCUAUUCAAUCAGGUGGUGACAUGGGCACAAGUGCUGCAUUCCUUAGUAGCGCCGGUACUCUUCCGGAGGGCACUUACUGA